AUGGGCAGAACCGAGGGGCGGGGGCUGCGGGGAGCGGAGGGAGGGACGCCGCGGGGGAUGGGACCGGGAGCCGUUAAUCUGGGGAUUGGGAGCGCUUCCCCCGCUCCUCCCGCCGCCCCGAGGCGUGAUUGGAGACGGGGCCGGCGGCGGGACCAUAAAAAGGGCUGCGGGCGGCGGUGCCCGCUCCGGGCCGGGCCAGGAGGAGGCGGCGGCGGUGGCGAUGCCAGGGCGGACGGAGCCGUCGGGGGGACGCGCGGCGGCGGGGACCGUACCGGUGGCGGCACCGGCAGCGCGACCGGGCGGCGCGGGGCUGCGGGCCAAGGGCUUCGCCAUCACCGACCUGCUGGGGCUGGAGGCCGAGCUGCAGCCGCCCCCCGGGCCGCUCCCCGCCGCUGGCUACGAGGGCAGCGGGGCGCUGGGGCUGGGGCUGGGGCUGCUCUGCGGGCUGGGGGCCCCCGGAGCCCCGCGCCUGCUGCCGGCCCCGCUGCCGCUGCUGCCCGCCCGCGGCCCCCGCCCGGCCCCGGGGCCGCCGCCCGCCGCCCGCCGGCACAAGGAGAACAUCUCCGAUGAGGACAGCCUGUGCGGGGACGGCAGCGAGCUGAAGAUGUCCACCUCCCAGAUCAAGAGGAAGAAACGCCGGCACAGGACGGUGUUCACAGCUCACCAGCUGGAGGAGCUGGAGAAGGCUUUCAACGAAGCUCACUACCCUGACGUCUAUGCCCGGGAGAUGCUGGCUGUGAAGACAGAGCUGCCAGAGGACAGGAUACAGGUUUGGUUUCAGAACCGAAGAGCCAAGUGGCGGAAGCGGGAGAAGUGCUGGGGACGGAGCAGUGUGAUGGCCGAGUACGGCCUCUACGGGGCCAUGGUGAGGCACUCCAUCCCUCUGCCCGAGUCCAUCAUCAACUCUGCCAAGAGCGGGCUGGUGGGGUCCUGUGCCCCAUGGCUGCUGGGCAUGCACAAGAAGUCCAUGGAGGUGAGCAGGAAGGCGGAGAGCCAGGAGAAGCUGGCAGAUGGCUGGCGAGCGGAGCAGCAGCAGGAGGAGGAGGAACUCAAAGGGAAGCAGGCCAGUUCCCAGAGGGGCUCUGACAAGCUUGGCCCAGCAAAGGAUUCGGAGGACACAGCCAUCGACCUCUCCAGGACAGCCAAGCACGAGAAGAGGGGUGUGCUGAGGCAGUGCAUCAAUGGGGACCCCCCCCAUGGAGCUGAGCAGCAGGGACCACUGACCAGCUCCCUGCUGAGAUAAGAAUAUUUAUUGCUUUAUUGCUAUAUAUAUUAUUUUUUUCCUUAAAUAAUUGAACUUUUCUCUGAAUUCAGGGCAUUUCAAAACCGGGCACACACAUCCUUGUCCCCUCACGUUGUUCCGGAGCCAGGGUGGAGGGUGGGAGGGGUGUCCCAGCGGGACCAGGAGCAGUGUGAGAAUGAGAGCACGCUGUGGUGGUCAGCAUGGGCCACUGCCAGGGAAGAGCUGCCC